AUGCAGCGCUCAGCUUUCCUCAUACUGUCGUUUUUGAGCGUCUAUGCCUUUUGUUGGCCAUAUGACGAACCACUCGCUAAAUACAAUCUGAACGAAAACAAAACUGCUGCAUCCCCAAUCGAUUAUUGGGGAGCAUGGCCGGACCAUGAGUACCAUCCGUCGCCAGAUAACUGGCGCAUGCCCACAUAUACGAUCUUUUUGGACCGUAUAUCCAAUGGCGACCCUACAAAUGACGAUAUCAACGGAACCGCCUUUGAGCAUGUCAUCAACUCUAACCAGAUGCGCCACGGUGGUGAUUUGGAAGGGUUGAUAGAUACACUGGACUAUAUUGAGGGAAUGGGAUUCAAGGUCAUUUACUUCGCUGGAACGUACUUGAUGAACUUGCCCUGGGCCUACGAUGGGUACUCGCCGGUCGAUACCACUCUCCUCGACAUGCAUUACGGAACACUGGACGACUGGAGGCGGACCGUCGACGAGAUCCACAAACGGAACAUGUAUGUGUUGAUGGAUAACACACUGGCAACAUUGAGCAACCUGAUCGGAUUCAAAGGCCAUCUGAACGACUCCGCCGAUUUCAAAGCAUCGGAAUAUGAAGUCCAAUGGGUUACCGACCGAGAAUAUGCCGAUUUCAAGUUCGGUAACGAGUGGAACGAGACUUGCAACUAUCCUAAGUUCUGGAAUGAGGAUGGAUACCCAUUAGCAGACGGAGACGUUAAAGACUUGAAUGGUUGCUAUAACAGCGAUUUUGAUCAAUAUGGAGAGCUAGAGGCAUUUGGUAACUUCCCCGACUGGCAGCGUCAACUUACCAAGUUUGCCUCCGUGCAGGAUCGCCUGCGUGAAUGGCACAAGCCUGUCCGCGAUGUGAUCGUUCAACACUCCUGCCUUCAAAUUGCGAGUUUAGAUAUCGACGGUUUCCGCUUUGAUAAGGCUGUGCAGUCGACCCUCGAGCCCAUGAGUCAGAUGCUCCCCGUCUACCGUGAAUGCGCACAGAAACUUGGCAAGAAAAAUUUCUUCCUCCCCGGCGAGAUCACCUCCGGAGAUACCUUUGGCAGUCUCUACCUAGGUCGCGGUCGCCAGCCAGAUCAGCGUGUGGGUAGUGCAGGCGAGGGUGCGAAGCUUACGAACACCUCGGAGGGGGCUUUCCUACGAGAGGAUGGGCUGCAAGCGUUGGAUAGCUCCGCAUUUCAUUAUACCAUCUACCGUUCGAUGACCCGUUUCCUGGGGAUGGACGGUAAUCUGGUUGCCGGCUUUGACUUGCCUACCGACUUCAUCGAAGCCUGGAAUGAUAUGCUCAUUAACAACGAUUUCCUCAAUGCAUUCACCGGAGAAAUCGAUCCGAGGCAUAUGUAUGGUGUCUCAAACCAGGAUAAUUUCCGCUGGCCGGCUUUGCAGAAUGGUACAGAUAAAUACCUCCUGGGUCUGUACAUCAUCUCGCUGGAGCUUCCUGGAAUCCCUCUUAUCCUGUGGGGAGAAGAGCAGGACAUGUACGUCUUCGACGCUACUGCAGCGAACUAUAUGUUCGGCCGGCAGCCUAUGACAUACCAGACCGCAUGGUGGACACAAGGCUGCUUCAACUUGAACACCGAAAAGUUCUACGAUUUCCCUAUCGAUAAGGGGCGUAAUGGUUGCAAUGAUAUCACUGUCACAUACGACCAGCGGAAUCCCGCCCAUCCAAUUCGCAACAUCAUGAAGCGCAUGUUCGAGAUUCGAGCCCAUUACCCCGUCGCUCAAGACGGCUUGUUCCUUGAAACGAUCUCUCAACUCACAGAAGACAUUUACCUUCCUGGUUCUUCUACCACUCCCACGGUUACUGGCCUUUGGUCUGUAUUGCGAAGCUAUUUCCCAGGGGUACAAACAAACGAAAUCCAAGCCAACGAGACCCUCUGGCUUGUGUAUCAAAACGGAAACUCGACCAAAACAUACGGGGGCAACUGCACCUCCGUGAAUGGGUCUUUAUUGGCUCCAUUUGACUCAGGGACAAAAUUGAAGAAUCUCUUCUAUCCUUACGAUGAGCUGACUUUGCAAGAUGGCCCCAAGUCGUCCGACAACACCUACGGAUGUGUCCGUCAAAUGAAGCUGCUUCCAUGGGAAUACCGGGCCUAUGUCAAGGCGUCCGAAUUCGUCGAACCCGGCCCUACUGUCACCGAUUUCUUCCCUGGACACGAUGCUCGGUUGCUAUCCUCAGAAGACACGGGUGAAACCAUGCCUAUCCAGCUUGGAUAUUCCACGGAGAUGGACUGUGACAGCAUCACAAAGGCAUUUUAUCUGAAUUCUACAACAGAGAAGAACAUCACCGCCGAGCUUGAUACAUCUAGUGUCAACUGCACCAAAAUCUCGGCCCGGACCACGAGCCAUGCAUACACCGGAGAAAUCCCGACUGUUUGGACAUGGUCUGCAAAUCUGAAAAAUGUCCACCAUGGAAUCCACCAACUGACCGUCAAGAACGUUUCCUCUUCCGGAGUCUACACCAAUUCGACCGACAAGUUCUUAUUGCGCCUCGGUGCUCAUGACAACCCCCUCAUGUCUCCGCUUGCCAAUUACUCUACCACUCUGGUCCACAAGUCUAACGACAACCUUUACCUCCAGCACAGAGCUGCCGGUGCAGACAUGUUCCGAUACUCGUCUGACUUUGGUCGGAGCUGGAAUGAAUGGGAGGCGUAUAAAGGUGGCAAUACGAGUAUUACCAUCCCAAGCUUCACUGGCACAGACUCCCAGAAGUGGGAGGGAACUCAUAUACGAGUCCAGUACUUCUCGCGACUCACUGGAAGCAGUGAUUACAUCCAGGAAGGUGAUCAUGAGAGUGAUAGAGUCCGAAGAUUCCCGCAUCUGUGGUUUAACGGUCCAUACAACCAGUACGGCUAUGAUGCAGGAAUGGACAGCAAGAUGAAGUACGAUUCUAAAACGUCUCGCUGGACCUACGACUUUGUUUACGAAUGGCCAGCCAUAGGCCAGCUGAAUGUUUGGGGCUCAGACAGUGCCGGUAAUCCUGAUAAUUCCGAGGUCUAUGGUGAUGUCGGCAACUCGUCUUCAGUUCAAAAGCUUCCUCCGUCCUAUCUCUCAUCAAACGUCAUCAAUAUCACCACCCUGCCGCCAUUCCCGCAUCUUGGUUGGACUAUCUCCCUCGAUGAUGGCAACCUAAGAUACGAAAUGAUCCCCGUCGGAUCGGGAUGGGCCCAGUUGAUCCUCUUUAUUCUUCUCUGGGUUGUUCCGAUUCUUAUGGGCUUGGCUGGUGUCUUCAUCUUCAUCGGAAACUUCUACCGUGUCAAGCUUAACAUGAAUGGCAAUGUCACCAAGGCCGAUAAAUUCCCGGUACUAUUUUGGCGCCGGAUCAAGGGAACAUUCACCAAAGACAAUGAUUUCGAAGAGAUCGACAUGGAAGACAAGGGUGUGCCAGGAAACAUGGCUCUGACAGCAGCGGGAGCGAGUGACCAGCGCCGCACUGUCUUGAUUGCCACCAUGGAGUACGACAUCCAGGACUGGAAGGUCAAAGUCAAGAUUGGUGGUCUAGGAGUAAUGGCGCAGCUCAUGUCACAGAAUCUGAAGCACCAGAAUCUUAUUUGGGUGGUUCCUUGUGUCGGGGAUAUUGAUUACCCCGAGGAUACACCUGCUGAGCCUUUCGUGGUGACGAUCCUGGAUCAUCCCUAUUCGGUGCAGGUGCAGUAUCACGUUGUCGAUAACAUCACCUACGUUCUCCUUGAUGCUCCGGUUUUCCGGCAGCAAACCAAGGCGGAACCUUAUCCUCCGCGUAUGGAUGACCUUGACAGUGCAAUUUACUAUUCGGCCUGGAAUCAAUGUAUCGCAGAGGUCAUAAAGCGAACACCCUCCAUCGAUCUCUAUCACAUCAACGAUUUCCACGGCUGCGUGGCACCGCUUUACCUGCUCCCGUCACGCACUAUCCCAGUUUGUCUGUCAUUGCACAAUGCCGAGUUCCAGGGUCUUUGGGCCUUGAGAACCCCACAAGAGAAGAAAGAAGUCUGUUCUGUCUUCAAUAUCCCAGUUGAAGUAGCGACCAAAUACUGUCAGUUCGGCAACGUUUUCAACCUGCUUCACACCGGUGCUAGCUAUUUGCGAUUCCAUCAACGCGGCUUCGGUGCAGUAGGUGUGUCCGAGAAGUAUGGAAAGCGCUCAUGGGCCCGUUAUCCAAUCUUCUGGAGUCUUGCCAAGAUUGGCAGUCUUCCCAAUCCAGAUCCCUCUGACACAGGCGCCUUGAAGAAAGACCCCGACACGGAAGUUUCGGUUCAGACUACUGACGAGUCUGCCAAUGACAAACUCCAGGCACAGAAAUGGGCCGGUUUGAACGAGGACCCUAACGCUGACUUGCUAGUGUUUGUGGGAAGAUGGUCAAAGCAGAAGGGAGUCGAUUUGAUUGCCGAUGUUAUGCCGGCUGUCUUGUCUGCCCGGCCUAAUGUGCAGCUGAUCUGUAUUGGUCCCCUCAUUGAUCUCUAUGGUAAACUCGCCGCUAUCAAGCUGGAGCGCAUUAUGGAAAUGUUCCCAGGCCGUGUCUUCUCGAAGCCAGAGUUUACGAUCCUUCCUCCCUUCGUGUUCUCCGGUGCCGACUUCGCCUUGAUCCCAUCCCGUGACGAGCCCUUUGGAUUGAUUGCCGUUGAGUUUGGCCGUAAGGGUGCACUUGGAAUUGGUUCUCGCAUCGGAGGUCUAGGCCAGAUGCCUGGUUGGUGGUACACCGUGGAAUCCGACUCAGCCCGCCAUCUCUUGCACCAGUUGAGAACCGCCAUCAAAUCUGCCCUAGACUCGUCACUCGAGACCCGACAGGAGAUGCGUGCAAACUCUGCCAAGCAGCGAUUCCCCGUCCUCGAGUGGGUUCAGAAGCUCGAAGUCUUACAGCGGACUUCUAUCCACGUCCAUCGCCAAAAGAAUCAACUCACCGUUGCAGGUUCGGCGCGAGAGUCUCAGAUCUACUGGGAGACCCCAGGCUUACGGGACUCCGGUAUGAUCAGCCGCCCUUCAUCACAUCUGUCAUUGCCGGGGACUUUGGAUGCGAACAGAACAUCACAGACCCAGCCCGCUCAGCCUUCCCUUCUCCAGCUACAGGCAGUCGAAGCUCAAGAGAUGCAAGCAGCCGAAAGCAACAGAGGCAACACGUUAAACCGCAACCUAUCGCUCGGUCGACGAUCUGGACCAGGACAUGGAAGAAAGCGUCUCACCAAGAAGUCACCGCGCGAGAGUCAGAUGCUCGAGCCUAUCGACGGUGAUACCACGGACGAUGAGGGCUUUGUCACACCACAGGAGAACUUGAUCACCCAAGAAGAGGCCAUGGCAGCAGUCAACUUACCUCUUCAGGAUGUUGCAACACACCCUAGAAACAACAAUCACACUCGUGGCGAGUCUGACUCGUCGGCCUCGGAGUCAUCGCGUUUCCUCUCAAGGGACUCCUCUCCGGUGAGACUAGCUCGUGACAUUUCCGAUCCAGAUGCGCCUUUCGCUCACGAGAGCCGGAAUAUAUCUGUCCUCUCCUUGCCUUCUGUUGUUAACGACCAUAAUCAACCCGAUUUCCAUCUGCAAAAGGUCGACCCGACCUUUACGGACAGCAUGGGCCACUUCACGCGAAACUUCGAAACCAUGCUCGCCAACCUCAACAAGAAAAACUCAAUUUCAGAUUAUUGUAUUGAGCUUUAUCUCAUGAAGAGCGAACGGAAGUUCUUCUACAUGUACAACGAUGCGCAGCUGAAGAAACAGCCCAAAGGACGUGACCUGGACAAACCCGCCGAGAACAUACCGUAUAACCUCGUCACAGAAGGUCCCGAAGACUCUGAUGCGAACAACACAGAUGAAAUUGAUCAGUGGCUCUCCCGUCUGGGAUACAAGAGACCCAUCGCCGUCCAGCGCUUCAUGAGAUGGCGCGUCGGAAACUGGCCUGUCUAUGCUCUAUUCCUGGGUCUCGGACAGAUUAUUGCAACGAACUCUGCGCAGAUCACCCUGUUGGCUGGCCAGAUUGGUGAGACAGCAGUCAAGCUCUACGUUAUCGCGGCAAUUUACUGCGUCUCUUCCAUUGCCUGGUGGUGCCUCUUCUUCCGUUUCCCGUCUGUGAUUGUCCUCACUCUCCCCUGGUUCAUAUAUUCCAUGGCAUUCGUCACCAUGGGCGUUUCUCCGUUCGCACUCUCGGAACUCGGUCAAGCGUGGGCUCAGAAUGUCGCCGCAGGUGUAUAUGCCGCAGCGUCUUCCAGUGGUUCCCUGUUCUUCGCUCUCAACUUUGGUGAUCAAGGUGCUGUCCCUGUGAAGGAUUGGAUGUUCCGCGCAAGUCUUAUCCAGGGAAUCUCACAGCUCUACACUGUUGCCUUGUGGUACUGGAGUUCUAAAGUCACUGCAGCAGAAGUGGGAGGUGUUUCCACGGUUGCCCUCAAUUCCUGGAAACUCACAGCUGUGGUGAUGCCUAUUGCUGCAGUUUGUUUCAUUAUCGGUGUACUUCUUGCCCUUGGCUUGCCUAAGUACUAUCGCCAAGCACCCGGAAAGAUCCUCUUCUUCUACACAUCCCUCUUCCGUCGCCGAAUCGUCCUCUGGUUCUUCUUCAUGGUCAUCAUCCAGAACUGGUUCCUUUCCGCGGCAUUCGGUCGAAACUGGUCAUUCCUCUGGUCCUCUCAACAUACCAAACCAUGGGAAGUCGCUCUCCUCGUCCUCUUCUUCUUCGUUGUCCUUUGGGUGGGUGUGAUGCUACUAUUCCGUUUCUUGUCCAAGGAGCACAGUUGGAUCUUACCCGUCUUCGGUCUGAGUAUCGGUGCACCGCGAUGGGCACAAACAUGGUGGGGAACUUCCAACAUCGGGUAUUAUCUCCCAUGGGCUGGAGGUUUGACUUCCGGAGCUAUCGCAUCCCGUUGUCUCUGGCUCUGGCUCGGAGUUCUCGAUGAGAUUCAACAAGUCGGCUUGGGAAUGAUUCUCCUACAGACCUUGACAAGAGUGCACGUCGUUUUCGUCCUGUUGGCCGCCCAGGCUCUUGGAUCUAUCGCCACUAUCUGUGCUCGUGGAUUCGCGCCAAACAAGGUUGGCCCAGGAGACAUCUCCCCGCCUGUUGGUUCGUCAGUGGACGCGGUUGGAAAUGCGUGGUUCUGGAUCGCCCUUUUCUUCCAGCUUCUGGCUAGCUUUGGUUUCCUCCUCUUCUACCGCCGUGAACAGCUCAACCGGCCCUAG